AUGUCAACGAUUGUGGUCACCGGCGCCUCAGCUGGCAUCGGUCUGAGCAUUAGCAAGUAUCUUCUGGCCGACGCACGCAAGCAUCGCCUUGUGCUCUGCUGUAACAGCAACGACAAGGCACUUAGGGAGCUGGCAAAUGAUCCGGCCAACGCAGACCGUGUCUUUGUCAUCAAAGGUGACACGGCGGAUGCAAAGUUCGUUUCGACGGUCUUUGCGCAGAGCUUGGUGCAUUUUGAGAUCGAUCGGAUCGAUGCCUUGGUGCUGAAUCAUGGAACGCUGGGCGACGGGACAAGGAUUGCCGAUUGUACGCAGAAGACGUGGGAAUGGGUGUUUAGGGUCAACUUCUUCAGCAUUGUUGACAUUAUCCAGCAUACUAUUCCUUACCUACGAGAAAGCCAAGGUCGGAUAAUCAUCACAUCUUCUGGAGCCGCUGAAGGUUCUACCACGACCUGGGGGCCUUAUGGCGCUUCGAAGGCCGCAAUCAACCAUCUCGCAAGAACUUUAGCCAAAGAAGAGCCAGUCAUUACCACAGUUUCUAUCAGGCCUGGCAUGGUGGAAACUGGAAUGCAGACACUGAUCCGCGGAGAUGCUUCCAAGCAUAUGGAUACAACAGACCGGCAGAGAUUUGUGGGAGCAUAUGAGCAGGGCAAGCUUUUGCCCGCAGACAAGCCUGGUCAUGUCACGGCACGACUUGCAACUGAGGCAAAAAAAGAGCUCUCCGGGCUGUUCUUGACCUGGAACGAUACGAAGCUGGCAGACUACCAGGACGCAUGA